AUGAAUGGGUAUGCCAGCAGCACCGAUUUUGGUCUUAAAAUUGUAUGUGUAGUUUGCGACAAGAAACUUCGAGAGCCACGUGUAUUGUCUUGUCUUCAUACAUUUUGUAUUGACUGCAUCCGAUCGUUUGAGCCCUACGCAGUUAACAGUCCAGACGACGGCGCCGAUAGCAGGAGUUCUCUAUCAAGUGGCGGAUCGAGCGGUACAAAUCGGGGAAAGUCUGUAGUUAUUCUUUGUCCAGAAUGUGAUACAGAAGUCUCUUUACCUAGUGAUGGCAUAGAAGCUCUACCUUCGAAUUUUAUCGCCCAAAAGUUUCUUCUGUUGGCAUCGUUAAACCAGGAAUCAGCUAAACUGCAGUGCGAUCUCUGCGCGGACAGCUCGUCAGCGGGAUCGAGGUGCGAAGAAUGUUCCAUCUACAUGUGUGGUUUUUGCGUUCAAGCUCACAAACGGCAAAGAAAAACGUCAUCCCAUACAGUCAUUAGUUUAGAGGAAGCCCGAAAAAAAGGUCUGAACAAUGUACACCGACCUAUAUUCUGCCGUACUCACUCCAACGAAGAAGUACAGAUGUUUUGUGAGAAUUGUGAUGAGACAGUAUGCCGAGAUUGUUGCUUGGUUGAACAUAGGAAUCACCGAUGUGAAUUCAUCGAUAAUGUCCUCUCCAGUAAAAAGCAAAUCAUACACAAUCUUCUCUCGCAAACUAAACCCCAUAUUGACGUUCUCGAAGUCGCGAUAGAAGGAGUAGAAUCAAUGCAGGUGGCAGUCACAGAGAAGUGUGAUGAAAUAACUAAUGACAUAUCAAUGUUUAUUGACAGUUACAUCAAAGCUCUUGAAAAACACAAAAACAACCUGCUGAGCAAAGUGGAUGAAAUGGAGUCUGAGAAACACAAAAUACUGAAUCUUCAAAGCAUUCAGCUGAAACAGAUGUUGGAUGAUUUUAAAAGCUCGUGUAGUUUUGUGACCGAUGUCUUAGAAGAAGGAUCUGGGGCUGAAAUCCUGUCUGUUAGAAAGCUACUGCUCAAUCGACUCAGAGAACUGAAUUCCUACAAGUAUAAAUGUGAGCCUAAAACAAAUUCAUUUAUCAAAUUUCUGAGCAGCGAGAAUGCGGGAUCAGUUGAUGGAUACAAGAUGAUAGGACAUGUUACUAGCACUGAAGAUCAACAGUUCAAAUGUAUUGUAAAAGGAGAAG